CGUCGACUCCUUGCCAUGACGUCUCAGUCACCUCAUCCCCUGAUUGGCCAGCACACCCCAGAAGAGCCCCACCCAUCCUCUCGCGUCAUCCCCGCUUCUCAGCGACGGGGGUUGGUUGAGAGUCCGCGCGGUGGAGAAGGAACAACAGAACUGACAGGCAGCCGCGACUCCAGUCACAUCAAGGGGAAGAUGGAGAAACACAGAGAAGCCGCGGAUUUCAACAUUUUGCUAGCUACCGACUCAUACAAGGUCACACAUUAUAAACAGUACCCACCCAACACUAGUAAGGUGUACUCUUACUUUGAGUGCCGUGAGAAGAAGACGGACUCGACCAAGCUCCGAAAAGUCAAAUACGACAAGACGGUGUUCUAUGGGCUUCAGUACAUUCUCCACAAAUACUUAAAAGGACAGGUCAUCACACCAGAGAAGAUCCAGGAAGCUAAAGAGGUGUACCGGGAACACUUUCAGGAUGAUGUUUUCAAUGAAAAAGGAUGGAAUUACAUUUUGGAGAAAUACAACGGUCAUCUUCCCAUCGAGAUUAAGGCUGUUCCCGAGGGAAGCGUCAUCCCACGGGGAAAUGUGCUCUUUACUGUGGAAAGCACAGAUCCGGAGUGUUACUGGCUCACUAAUUGGGUAGAGACUAUCCUGGUUCAGAUCUGGUAUCCCAUCACCGUCGCCACAAACUCGAGGGAACAGAAGAAGAUUCUGGCCAAAUAUCUCAUGGAAACGUCGGGAAGCCUGGAAGGACUGGAGUAUAAACUGCAUGACUUCGGUUACAGAGGGGUUUCAUCGCAAGAGACGGCUGGUAUUGGCGCAUCUGCACACUUGGUGAACUUUAAAGGAACAGAUACGGUGGCUGGGAUCGGCGUUAUCAAGAAAUACUACGGCACCAAAGACCCGGUUCCUGGUUUCUCAGUACCAGCUGCAGAACACAGCACAAUCACUGCCUGGGGAAAGGACCAUGAGAAAGACGCUUUUGAGCACAUCAUCAAGCAGUUCCCGUCUGUGCCCGUGUCCAUCGUCAGCGACAGCUACGACAUCUACAAUGCCUGCGAGAAGAUCUGGGGUGAAGACCUGCGGAGUCUGAUCGAGAUGAGGAGCGCAGAUGCCCCGCUGGUGGUGCGGCCAGAUUCAGGAAACCCUCUCGACACCGUGCUCAAGGUCCUGGAGAUUUUAGGCAAGAAGUUUCCUCCAGUGGAGAACUCUAAAGGCUAUAAGGUGCUUCCGCCGUACAUUCGGGUCAUUCAGGGUGACGGUGUGGACAUCAACACCCUACAGGAGAUUGUGGAGGGCAUGAAGGAGCACAGAUGGAGCAUAGAGAACAUUGCGUUUGGCUCAGGAGGAGCUUUACUGCAGAAACUGACCCGAGAUCUGCUCAACUGCUCUUUUAAGUGCAGUUAUGUGGUGACGAACGGACUAGGCGUUAACGUCUUCAAGGAUCCUGUGGCAGACCCCAAUAAACGGUCAAAGAAGGGUCGUCUUUCACUUCACAGGACGCCGAGUGGAGAUUUCGUGACUCUGGAAGAGGGAAAAGGAGAUCUGGAGGAAUACGGAGAGGACCUGCUGCACACCGUGUUCAGGAACGGCAAGAUUGUAAAGACGUACACCUUCGAUGAGGUGAGAGACAAUGCCAAGCUGAAGGAGAGCGAAGUGCGGGAUCUGCUGCUCUGAAGAGUUUUUCCCAUCAUCCUUCACUCUGCCGACAGACGUGAGGACACACAGUUUCUGUCCACUGACUCGCUACGCUUCACUGUCUCUUUCUAAUGCGGACGAGAGCUGUUAUCGUGCUAUUUAAAUCAUUUAACCCAGCGUCAAAUGCACACGUCUUUGCAGGAAUUGAGACGUUUAUGUGUGUGUAAAAAUGGCCAGGAGUUUUGGCUUUGCUUGACUGUAGGACUGAAAGCUAAUCGUCCAGUGUUUGUCGAAUGUGAAUGUCGUGUGUAGAGUUUUUCACUUUAUCAAAGGAUUAAUCUAUUCCUUUAUGCAAAGAGGACGGCCUAGGUAGAGCGAUUACUUUCCUUUCGUCGGCCUUGUGUUUAUUUGAGGUCGUUUCUAGCUUUAUUUCCAAAUCGCAACAACGUGUUUAGGUUAUAUUUCACCCUAAAAUCAAAAUAGAGGGGCAAUUAAGUUUGCAUAAAGAAAAUGAAUCUUUUAUUGCUUAGCAUUUCUGAUAUUUAGGCCCAUUCUACAGCAAAUGAUCAUGUCACACAUGUAUGAUGGUUGUUUUUAUUUUUACUUUAAUUCCUAAAGGGGACCUAUUAUGCAAAAAUCACUUUCAUAAGGGGUUUAAACACAGUUAUGUGGCAACAUGCUAAGAAUAUAACCCGCUUCUAAUGGUAAACGUUUAUUAAUUAAUUUUUUUAUAAUCACACUUGAUAAAACAGUCUGCAGAAACACUUUGAUUGACAUUCCCUCUUUGCACGUGUCAUCAGAGGAGGAAAGCCCCGCCCACUAUAGUUAUGAUCUCUCCCUCAUUAGCAUAGGAUGUUAGUGUUGUUUUUGAGUCUGCCACUAUGCUGACACACACAGCUCCACCCUCUUUUGAAAGGAGCCCCAUUUGCAUUUAAAGCGACAGUCACCAAAACACCACAAUUAGGAUCAAGGCCUAAAAGGGGCAGUUUCUAAAGAGUUAUAAAACAUUAUUUGUGUGGUAUUUUAAGCUGAAACUUCACUACACACACUCUAGGAAACAUCAGAGGCUUAUUUUAUAUCUUGUAACAUAGAGCAAAAUAGUUCCCCUUUAAAGCUUCUUAUUAUUAUGCCUCAUUGUAAUGCUGAAAAUAUUAAAUAUAUUUAUUGCAAAUCAGAUUUUAAUUUAAAUGGCACAUUUAUUGAAAUCACGGCAGGUAUACUGGAAAAAAAAUAUAUAUAUAU